CAGUACAGUCAGCACUUGAUCGAUUUGGACUUGUUUUCCUCCUCAUAAGCAGAACACAGACGCACGAUACUGUGGUCUCUGUGUGGUUCUCAGACGAGAAACUGUGAGACACGAGAGAAACUGGGCAAGACGAGACUCGACCGCUGGGCGGGACAUUGCUCUUCAUUUCCUGACGUCUCUCAUUCGCUUCAGUGUCUUCAACACCUUCAGUUCCCUUCAUACCUGAGACGCUGCUGGACGCUCACAGAGAUGGCAGGAACGCCGGGAAUAUUUGGGAUAUGUCUGCUCUUUGCUGGAGUUCACAUGACUUCAGGUCUAACCGUAAACAUCCCAGAAAAAACAUAUAAGAUUGCGAGAGGUGAUGAUGCGGUGAUUCCCUGCAUAUUCACACCGAGUGCAACUAUCUCAUCAAUAACAUGGACGGCAGAUCCAGACGUGAAGGAUGAUCCAGAGAUUAACGUCGCUGCUUACUUCACUACCACAAAUAAAAUUACAGUAUACAAGAAAUAUAAAGGCAGGGCAAACAUAGUGGAUGUGGAUAUGGUGAAAGGAAAAGCCAGCCUGAAGCUCCAGAGCGUCACCAGCGCCGACACGCGGGACUACGAGUGCAAAGUUCAGGAUCCGGAUGAUGAGGAAGGCACUCUGUCUGACAAGGCCAGUCUCGUAGUCCUGGUGGCUCCAUCAAAGCCCAUCUGCAAUGUUGUCGGGAAGACAGAAUACUUCGAGAACAUCCAACUGACCUGCCGCUCCGAAGAGGGAACGCCGACACCGACCUACAAAUGGCAAAGCUACAGCGUCAGUAACGUCCCUCGACUGAUGCCGCUCAAGGCCACUGAUCAAAACGGGGUUUUGUCGCUCUUCAAUAUUUCCAUGGACACAUCCGGUUUCUACAUCUGCACGUCCGCCAACGAAAUCAGAUCUGCAACGUGUAAUAUGACCCUGGCCGUCAUGCCACCGUCCAUGAACAUCGCCUCCACGGCGGGGAUCAUCGGGGGCGUUGUGGUCGUGGCUCUUAUUGUGGGAAUCAUCAUCUGCUGCUGCUGCUACUGCCGUCGCAAGAAGGAAAAGGCUGAGGAAUACGCAAUGGGGACUCCUGAAGGAGGAGAGUUCACAGACAAGGACCCUGAAGGAGGAGAGUUCACAGACAAGGACCCUGAAGGGAAAGAGGAAGCCAGUGAAGAACACGUAAGCUACGAGGAAGAGCGUCGCGUGAGAAGCGCAGACAGACCCGAUCCACCGGACGACCGCAGCGAGAGGAGCUACGAUCGCCGCAACGACUACGACGACCGAAGAGAUAACUACACCGACAGACGAGACGAUCGCAGCGACAGGCGCGAGAGGAACGACAGAGACGACCGGCGCGACCGCUACGACGACGGCAGAGAUCGCUACGACGACCGCAGAGACCGCUACGAUGACCGCAGAGACCGCUACGAUGACCGUCGCGGCCGCAACGACGAUCGCAGAGACCGUUAUGAUGAUCGCUAUGACAGCGACCGUUACUCCGACCGCUACGACAGUCGCGACAGACCGCCCAGCGUUCCACCGAAUAAACCCAAAGAACCAAGGAACUGAGUUCAGCAGACGCGGAGUUGCUCCUCAGAAAUACGCAGAAACUAGAAAAAAUGGACAACUAAACCACUUUAAGAAUCGUUUUUGUGCCUCAUAUCCUGAAUAUGAGACUUGACAGAAUAAGGGCGUGUUCACACACUUGGCGUCUUUUUUGACAAAAAAAAGUUGACGAGCGCUUUUUUAGUCAAAUAAAAAGCUGGCAGCGUUUUGGUUACAAAUAGCAGCCGUGGGCGUCUUUUGUUGCUAUAACAACAGCUGCAACCGUAGCCUAGCGCUGUGUGCUGCAGAAAUGUCGAGAAAAAAGCGUUGGCUUUUGAAGUUAAUGGGGAGGAGAAUGUCGGUUCACAACGACGUUUGUGGGUUUGCGACAUUAAGGCCAAAGAAUACUUCACUUUUUACGUGUACGCGAGGGACAGCGUACAGUGUGCGUGAUGCUAAUUUCGUCUUCAGAAUAGUAAGCGCAUUUAACUAUCUUGCAGUAAUUAUUUUAUCCGCAAGGUGGCAACGCUGCCGUGGAGGUAUCGAAAAACUGCAUAAACAGAAUAAACCGGAAUGCGGGUUAGCUACAGCGACAGUGGAGGCCUACAUAGACGAGAGAUUGUGCGAAGAGGUUAGAAAAUAUCCUCAUUUGUACAACUGUAGUAUGAAAGAAUACAAAGAUAUUUUAUAUGGGUUUUAACUCGUGGCGAGAGAUUGCGCAAACACUGGCCCUGUUAGGCCAGGAGAGGUAUUGCAAUUUGGCACAGAGUGCAUGCGUCGAAUGAAGUAUACUUUGCAAGGCUGUGCGUACGACUGUAUGUGUACAGUGAAAAAAAGAAGUAUACUUUGGCCUUUAUACAGGGAAGGAAACAGUAUGGUGCUUACAACAAUUUGGUCCAGGAGCUGCACGGUUUGCGGCAUAUUUUAGACUAUAUAGAGUUUUGUGCUCUUAUCACACAACUCCUUGUGCUCUGAAACUAGUACGAUCUGUCUAGCGCCUAUCUCCUCCAUUUUUUUCUUGUUGUUUUUAUUGUUAUGGAAACGAGCUGCUCGCUUCUCAUUGGUCAGCUGUCAAAAAGGUGCUUGAUGUAGGGCAUUUUUUUUGUUUUUUUUCAGAAAAGUUCAAAUCUUUUUUUUUUUGAACUGCAGAAAAAGACGCUGGCGGUGGCAUUUUAAAAAGCGCUCGGGACUUUUUUGAAAACACAGUUUACUCCAUAGGAUUAUAACGUAAAACAGACGCUGGCAGCUUUGAAAAAGACGCCAAGUGUGAACAUAGCCUAAAAGGGCUUUAAUAAAUCUGUCACUGACACACUUCAGUGUUGUGGCCAUUCAGUCUCUUAUGUGUUUAUAUUUUUCAAUGUGAAAUACUCUUAUAGCGGUGUGUAAGCAGGAUGAUGGGGUUGGUUUGCUUUGAUUUUACUGCUGUUCAUUUGUAUUGUGAAAGGCCAUUUUUGUAUUCACAUCUAUGUUUGAAAGUGCCUCGCCUCAUAUGUAGUUCUGUUUCUUUAUUUUUCAGAUCUUUGUUGACAUGUUUCAUGUGGGAUUUUCCUAAACUCAUGUCUUCUUAACUGCAUUUAUAGCAAUAAUUAGUGUGAAUCUAUUAGAUUUCAGUUUCAGCCCAUUGCUUUAUUUUUGUAUUGUUUCAGAAUAAAACAGUCAAGCAAAAGUCUUCUGUUGGUGGACAAACGGGUUUCUCUGAAGUUCCUGAUUCAGUUGUUUAACUUCCAGGCUUCUGUUUUAAACUUUGACAGAGUGAAGCUGAACUGCGGUGGUUAGUUUUUUCUCACUAUAACCCAGUUACCGCUCAGCACUGGUCAUCUAUUGUCCAACGACUUCUCUCUUCGUUAUGAUUCAUUGUUAUGAAAAGUGGUCCUGUUCUGUUGCUCUUGAUGACGUCAAUCUGUGAGUUUUGCACACCAGGCCAUUUCAGCUAAGAUGUAAUUAAAUAUAAUUAUAAACAUUAAAGUUGAAUCAUGUCAAGGAAAAUGUAUUUACGUGUAUAUGGCAGAAAUGUAUUGUUCAACCUAAAGAAGAUUAUGCUGUUUUUUUAUGAUUCAUUUGUUAUGGUUUUGGUUGAUUUCUACAUACUUUAUGUUCUGACAUUGUUUCUCAUGUAAUUUAUUUUGUAGGAUGUUACAUGACAAUCAUUAAACACGUUUUUUACUCAA